AUGUGGGAUUACUACCCACACCAUGGACUAUUCAUCCUGCAUCACAUGGCCUGCCAUUGUGCUUACUAUACCUUUCAACCAUCGACUACAAAGAAGGAUUUCUCUAUUAAUCACAGCUACACCAAGUCACUGAAGAGAUCAAGACCUCUUCUUCUCUCUAAUGUUAACAACAGCAGGGCCUCCUAUAACACCCUUGUUUCUGAGGCUGUUAGGCUUUUGGUUCCUCCAGCAAGAUUUGAAGCGUCAAAGCUUAAAGUUGUUUAUAUGGGCGAAGAGAUGAAUAAGUGUUUGGAAAUUAUACCAAGAUCCUACAUCCUAUCUCACUGUGACUUUACUGCAAAUCUGACUUUAACCAUCUCCAUGAUCACCAGCAUUUAA